UGGGACUUCAGUCCGCAGCGCCACUCUGUGACCUCUCUACCCGAGACUGUCCGAUAAAGCGAGAUGAUGGGUCUGUCCGUCCGUUCACUCUUCCUCUUCCUCCUCUUCAUCAGCUUCGGCGUGAUGGCACACUGCGCGCCUCCGACCUGCUACUCGCGCGUGCUGGGUCUGAGUAAGGAGAUCAUGGAGACGCUGGACAAAGUGCACAAAUCCUCUCGCACGAAAGAGUGCGCGAAGUUUCUGCCAAAGAUGUUUCUCGACGUGCACAAUUCCUGCAUCAUCGCCAAGCUUAGAGACUUCCUGUAUAUGGCUGAAAAUGUGCCGCUGGAGUAUUGUCGGGAGCGUCCACGCAUCAUCUACCUGAAGCGCAGAGUGCGCGCCCUCUAUGUGAUCAUAAACCGCGUGUGCUACCGGGACCUGGUGUAUUUAACAGAUGACUGUGAAGCUCUGGAUACAGGCUACAGCAGCCCACGUUACACUGAGGACAGACUGCAGUUACUUGUGGAGACCAGCUGAGACAUGCUGAUGAUGCACAUACAUGCAUGCAUACAUGCCUAAACAGAUAACCGAUCACAGUAAUGCUUCUUCUUCUUUUUUUUUUUACAGUCAAUUAAAUUCUAAGUUGUGAGUUUUAGGCAGGAAGUGAAUUAUUUUGGGUAAUAUGGAAGUGAGUUCCAAGAUGGUUCAUCUAAAUUGCACUGAAAAAUCAGAUACAAACUGACUGCGAUGCAACUCCAAGGUGCUGUGUAAUUAUUUUGGGUAAAAUGAUAGUAAAUAUCAAGUUAAUCAAGUGAAUAUUUUACACAGAGAUAACAGAUUUCAGUUAUUAAACUGAUAAAGGACACAGUAAAAUGUCUCAUAAUUAUUUGGAGUAAUAAAAUGGUAAACACAAACAUUCUCAUGUUAAUUUUCCAUAAGGUCACAUGUUUAAGCACGAAAGCCAAUUGGAAAUACCUCAGAGUACCAAGUAGUUAUGUGGCGUAAAGUGAAGGCAUGAAAUACAAGGAUAGUUAUUCAUGUAAAUGGUAAGAAGUCAGUAAUAAUAAACUGUGCUAAGAAUAAUUACUUUCUUUGACAGUCCAGAUUCAGUUUUGUUUGUGCAGUUGUGGGCAAAUAUUUUGGCACCCCUGGUCUAGUUACAUUUUCCAAGGGAAAGUAAGUCAGCAGAUCCUCAUCACAUUUGAAAGCACCUUCUGUUCAUUUGCUUAACAUAUUGAGAAAAAUAUUAAAAGUUAAGUUAAAAAUAAAGUUAUGGCAUUUUAUUUAAUGUUCUCUAUUUUUCAAUAUUCUAAAAUCAGCAAAUAAUUAGAAAUUAGGAACUACAAUUUACAGAAAAAUGUAAUAUUGAAGUUUCUUCCCUGUGAAAGGUGUGUUAAUAAAUUUGCACAUAGAAAAUCAACAAUACGUUUUUUUUUGCCAGGGUUCAAACUUUUGGAUAUGACUGUAGGUCAUAGAGAAGUACAUACUAUGUAAAAUCUUUGUUCUUAGUUUGUGUAUCUUUAACACCUUGAAACCUGACUAAGCCAAACCAAUUAUGCCAUAGGUCCCCAGUUAUUUACUAAAACCUGUUUCAGUGUAAUAUAGUUAGACUGUCUGGGAACUGUUAUGUUACGAUAAAUAAUUUCCAUGCACUUUGGACAUGCUUACCUUGUUAAUACCUAGGACAGUAGGCCAAAGUAAAAGAAAGCAUUACCCAUAUUGCUUGAGAUAUCACUUACACUCACAGAAAUAUAUCAUGAUAUGCAAUAAAUGGAUUUGUACACCUUCAUACAAAUGUAUAAGAUAUAAUAUACAUAAGAUGCAGUAUCAUUAACACACAAACACACGCACUUAAAGGAGUGAAAGCACACACGUAGACCAAAUUCUAAGAAAGGUUUGUUUUUUUAACCAAAAACAUAUGCAAACACACUCAAAUACACUCUCUCUGAUAUGGACAUACACAAAGACUGUUCCAGACGAAGUAUGAGUGGCUAAGCUGGGUUUGGGGUGCAUCCUCUCCCUAAUAGACUCUGUUGUGUGUUUCUGCAUUCCAGCAGCUGAAAGAAACUUUCCACAGGAAAUGUGCUAAAUGCCAGCCAGUCCCGCACCGAGCCCUGAAAAUCCAAAACAACCCGCUUACUUCAUGCCUUUUUAUUUACCACAAACAUAGAUGCUUUUGCAUUCACAUGCAUGCCAACAAUCUGACUUUACCCCAAAAUAAUAACAUGUAAACACCUUCUUCUGAUUUCUUUAAAUUGGGCUUAAUUGCAUUAAGUAAAACCCAAACACCUGGAUCUCAACCCAGUACUUCAGCUACCUAAGAAAAUAAUAUGCAAAGCUGUUUAUCUGGGCAGAAUUAAAUACUUACAAACCAUUCUCAGAUACUGAGGCUUUAUUGGAACUUCAGUGGGUGCCAUGAUCAGUGGGAACCAUCUAUGCAGACAAGCAGCUGUUAUAAAAUCCAUUGAGUGAUAGAUUGCAAUUGUGCUUUUUGUUUACAUGAGUUAUAUUUGCUUGCAGUUUAUUAGAUAUUUGGGAAGCUUAAAUUUGACAUUGUAGCAAUUUUGUAAUGCAGUCCUACGUUGGAUAUCCUUCCCAAAAUUGCGGCAGGUGGCUAUUUGCUUGGGAAAACACUAGAUAAAAAAAAUGAAUAAAUACAAAUAAUCACUAAUACAAAACAUUAAAUUACUUAUUUUCACAGUAGCCAAGAAAACGCCAUUUCUGCCUUUUUGGAUGAGGUUACUCAAUGCAUUUUAUCCUCAAUACAGUCACUGUAUUUUACACACAGAGCCAACAGUGUUCUAAAAAAUCUUAUAUCAGAGUUAUAUGAAAAAUAAUUUUUGCAGGAUAUAAAAGAUUUUAACAGCAGUUUUGCUCUGCAUGAAAAUCGUUCAGUCAGUUUUGUAUUGGUAGAUAUUUGCUAGUAAUUGAAGUGUUCUUGGGUUAUUUCACAAAGCAGGAUUUCCAGAUAAAACCAUAUAAUUUAAGCCCAAAGACAAGCCUGUCCUAUGAGAAAAGAGCCGAGGGACUUUCCUACUGAACAGACAUCGUCUUUGGGCUUACGUUAUCCUAGGUUGUGCAUUACCCCCUUGGUCUUGUUUGUGUGUGUGCUUGUGUGCGCUGCAUAUAUAGUAUUUCAUGUUGCAUAAUGUAGUCACCCUCAUAAGCCCUAAGUAGCACUAUCUCAGGAGCCGAAAGUCAUGAACUCUUAUUAUUCUAUCAUCUCUAGCGCUUUACUCUCUCUACAGAAAUGCCAAUGGUCUUGACUGUUCUGGGAGUGCUGUUUACCUCAAGUUUGUUUGCUUGUUUUUGUUUGUUAUUCCAGAGGGAUCUUUCUUUCAGAACAGUUCUAUAUUAUCAUUCCUUCCAUCCUCUGAUGAAUCUGUUAUGUUUUGCCUGAUGUAUUAAUAAAGGGAUUAUGUUAUGUCCUGUCCUUUUUUAAAAAUAAAACUUUGAUGUACUUUGUA